AUGCCGGGGCUUGGAAAAACUACUUUAGCUUACAGAGUAUAUACUGAAAAGUUUGUUGUUGGUCAUUUUGACGUUCGUGCUUGGUGCACAGUUGACCAGGAACGUAAUGAGAAAAAGUUGUUGCAGAAAAUUUUCAAUGAAGUUAUUGGUUUGAAAGAAAGAGUCAGUGAGGAUGACAUAGACGAUGACGUUGCUGAUAAGCUACGGAGACAACUGUUCGGAAAGAGGUACCUUAUUGUCUUGGAUGACUUGUGGGAUACUGCAACAUGUGAUGAGCUGACAAGACCUUUUCCAACUGAAUUUCAGAAAGGGAGCAGAGUUAUUUUAACAAGUCGAAAAAAGGAAGUGGCUUUGCAUGGAAAAUGCCACAGUGAUCCUCUUAAUCUUCGAUUGCUACAACUAGAAGAAAGUUGGGAGUUAUUAGAGAAAAGGAUAUUCGGAGAAGAAUGUUGCCCUAAUGAACUAACGGAUGUUGGAGAAAAAAUAGCCCGAAAGUGUGAUGGACUUCCUUUGGUACUUGAUUUGAUCGGCGGAGUCAUUUCAAGGAUGGAAAAGAAAGAGGCUUUAUGGCUUGAAGUUCUCAAUAAUUUGAGUUCCUUCAUUUUUAAGGAUGAAGAGGAAGUGAUGAAGCCAUGCUUAUUGUACCUUGCAAGUUAUCCAAAGGACAAAGAUAUUGAUAUCUCUUUGUUGAAACAAUUAUGGAGUGAUGAAGGACUUGUGGAACCAACUGAAUUGAAGAGUGCGGAAGAAGUAAUUGAGAUUUCUGUCUUGGUCCCUCCAAAGCAUGUUUGUUCAUUUGAGGGGCUUAAUCAUUCGGAUGAAAGCAAAAGUUCUCCCUCCAUUUUCAAAGCUCUGCAAUCUAGAAAGUCUGGUGCAAAUUUAGAGAAUCUGAGCACAUUAAGUUCUCUCAAUGUUACUGGUUCGGUAGCCUCGGGGGAUAUUUUCAAAAGGUUUCCCAAUCUUCGAAACCUUGAAUUCCACAUGUAUUAUUCAGCAGCAGUGCAGAUAUAUUUUCCAAGAUUGGAUCUCCUUAAUAAACUUGAAGAAGUUAGAGCGAAAUUAAGGUGCAGUGGGCAUCGUACACAUGUACUUCAGUUUGAUUUUCAUUUCCCUUUGAACUUGAAAGAAGUAGAAUUGGAUGGAAAGUUUUGGAGAAUUCCUUCAUUAAAGUGCAUCGUAGUGAAGGGAAGCCUUCAGCUUGAAAAGUCCGCAUUCAAGAUUACGGAAUAUGUUGAAGAAAUGACCGGAGAAGAUAAGCUUGAGGUGGAAAUGCUCUCUGUUGCUACUUUGUUCUCCGCUGCUUCUUCUUCGUUCUUUCUACGCUCGUUCUCUCAUCAGCCAGUUGUCGCCAAGGCUGAAUUCUUGUUGAAAAGUAUGGUGGCUUAUUUUGUGCUUGGAGGUGGUGCGGCUAUGAAAGUGAAGCAAUGGUGGGGCAGCGGUGAUGUUUCCGGCAACUUGACUUCGUUGGAGAUGGAAUUCUCACGACGUAAAGACGGUGGAGAGUGGAGUUGUUGUUGGAGGAAGAAGAAAAAGAGAGAUGAAGAAAUUGAGCUAAAUUGA